UUUCUAGGUCCAUCAACAUUGACCUUUUCGGUGCUCCGUAGUCCUUCCUCCUCCUCUCUACCUGUUUAGUGGUUAAAGAUGGCGGAAGCUCCUCCAUGGCCCAGCCGGUUCUUCUGUCACAGAUGCUCCGCAGAGAUUAGUCCCCGUCUUCCCGAGUACACAUGUCCAAGAUGUGAUUCAGGGUUUAUUGAGGAACUUCUGGAGGAGAGAAGUGCUGACAAUGGCUCCAUGUCUAACAUCUCCAGCGGGCCCCAGAACCAGCAACCAUUUGAGAACGUGGACCAGCACAUGUUUACGUUCCCUUCGGGCUAUGGCCAGUUUGCGCUCGGUGUCUUUGACGACCGCUUCGACUUUGGAGCUGGACUGGGAACGGAGGAUAACAGGGAUGCUGAAAACAGGCGAGAAAGGGAAACGGCAUCACGGCAACGAUAUGGUGCCAGGCAACCGAGAAGUCGUCAUGGUUCAAGGCGACAAGUAGGGAGGCCUGAGGGAGUGCCCACUUUAGAGGGAAUCAUUCAGCAACUAGUGAAUGGAAUAAUUGCCCCCACUGCAAUGCCAAAUAUUGGCGUUGGACCCUGGGGUGUUCUUCACUCAAAUCCUAUGGAUUAUGCCUGGGGUGCUAAUGGACUAGAUGCAAUCAUAACUCAGUUAUUAAACCAGUUUGAGAACACAGGACCUCCACCUGCUGAUAGGGAUAAAAUAAAAACUCUUCCUACAGUACAUGUUACAGAGGAGCACGUUGCUUCAGGACUGGAAUGUCCAGUGUGUAAAGAUGAUUACAGUGCUGGAGAAGUUGUGAGGCAGCUCCCGUGCAAUCACAUGUUCCACAAUGAUUGCAUAGUCCCCUGGCUGGAACAGCAUGACACUUGUCCAGUGUGCAGGAAAAGCUUGAGUGGACAGAACACAGCAACAAACCCUCCAGAACUAUCAGGGAUGAACUUUACCUCUUCCUCUUCCUCCUCUGCCUCUUCAUCUUCCUCUACCCCUCAGUCCUCAAGUUCGACCAGCAAUGAGAACUCCACUGAUAAUUCAUAGAGGACCGUGUGUCCUGAUCACCCUAUGAGCUGUUUAUAGCUCCUAGGCUGCUGUACUUCAGAGCGGUGACCUCCAGUCUCUCCCUGCUGUAGGGCAGAGACCAGAGUGCAGUGGCCAGGAGCACUCGCGCCUGAUUCAGGGGUAAGUGAUACGUGAGGUCCGUGUAUUUCUGCCUGCCCUGUUGCUCCCACCUUGAUCAGGGAUCUGAACAAAGGAAGGACGGAGGCCUGGAGUGCAGCUUCUAUCAGGGAGGAUGUGGGGAAGCGUGGAAACUUCAAGAGGCUGGAUCCACCUGAAUCACCUCACACAGGAAGAGAAAACAAAGGGAUUCAAAGAUGGAAGACUCGGGACAACGAGACAUUGGCCGUUUUUGUUUUAUCUCCAGACUUGUAUGAUUUAAAAUUACCCACUUUUACCAAUGAAGCAAAAAUAAAUGUACAGUUAUUCCUUUUUAUAAGUAGCAUUCAUAUCUCUCUGAUGAAAUGACCCAAAGUGCACUGUAGUGCACUGUUAAAGUGUGCACUUGGUUUAGAAUAAUACAUUUGAUUCCUUUCAUUCUAAAAAUAAAAUAGUUUAUAAAAUGAUUUUAUUAUUGAGAUCCACUUACAGAUUACCCGACACCACACGGGUACCAUUGUUUGCACUUAAAAUGAUGCGUCACAUUGCUGUAAUUUUGUGCUGUUUGGAUAAUGAUGUGGAUAAACAUUACUAAAUGACACGUAUAAGGAUUUUGUUGUUAUCUGCAGGCCUAAAAUACUUAGAAACAUUUCAGUGAAUUUGUGCAUUUUAACUUUAAGGUAAAUUAAAAAUAUUUUCUAAAGUUGCCGGUUGAGAAACUAUUGAUUUUCAGUAUGAUCGUGUCAAAACAAUAAUUGAUAAUGAAAAUAAAGCUGUUUGGGUGCUACCACUCAAAGUUCAUGUAAAAUGAUUCUCUCUCUGUAUGUAUGUGUGUGUAUGUAUGUGUGUGUGUGUGUGUGUGUAUGUAAUUUAUUUUUGAAUGUCUAAUAAUGAGCAUCGGUAGCAAAAUGGAAGACAUGCACGGUAAAAGAACAGUGAAUAUAUACAUGUUUUAUUUGUAUGUAAACCAGCACUGGGACCGUUUGCUGCAUUUAGUG